AUGUCUACCACCACUACUGCAGUGCCCGAGAAAACCACGAUCCUUGUUAUUGGUGGUGGUCCUGGAGGGAGUUACACCGCCGCUGCCCUCGCGCGCGAAGGUCACGACGUUGUGAUCCUUGAAUCCGCAAAGCACCCUCGGUAUCACAUUGGCGAGUCUUUGACAGCCGCUAUGAGAACCUAUCUGCGUUUUAUUGGACUUGAAGAAGAAUUUGUAAAGCACGGAUUUAACUUGAAGCAAGGUGCUUUGUUCCAACUUGUUCAAGGAAUGGAAGCCAACUGGACGGACUUCCAAGCACGUAUCCCCGACUACGAAACAUGGAACGUGGUUCGUUCCGAAAUGGACAACCUCAUGUUCAAACAUGCAGCAAAAGAAGGAGCUGUGGCUUUUGAUGAGACUAAAAUCGAAAGCAUCGAAUUUGAGGGUAACGGUGACCCUAAGACCGCCCGACCCGUAGCCGCACAGUGGACCAACAAGCAGGGUCAGUCUGGUCGAAUUGCUUUCGACUGGCUUGUAGAUGCUUCAGGACGUGCUGGUGUCAUGUCCACCCAGUAUUUGAAGAAUCGCGUCAUGCGUGAAAGUUUCCGAAACGUUGCAGUGUGGUCCUACUGGAAAGGAAUUAGGGCAACUGGGAGACCCUAUUCCUUCUACGCCGAGGUGCUCACAGAUAAGAAGGGCUGGGCAUGGUUCAUUCCCCUCAAUGAUGGGACCACCUCUGUCGGGUUCGUCACCCACCAAAACACUUCCACAGAGCGUAGAUCAAAAGUCGGGCCCGACGGAAAGAAGCCUACUGUUACUGAGCACUAUCUGGACAUGUUCCAGUAUGCGCCUCACGUCAAAGAUUUCUUGAAAGAAGGAGAAAUGAUUCCUGGAACCACCCAUAGCGCGUCUGACUACAGUUAUUGGGCGGGAGGAUAUGCUGGCGACCACUAUCGUCUCGUUGGUGAUGCUGCAAGUGAGGAUGAAUUUUUCCGCUUCAUUAUUGACCUCGAAGUGACCCCAAAUACUUUGUCAGAUUUCGUCGAUCCGUUCUUCUCCACCGGAAUUCAUAUCUCCAUGUCAGGAGGGCUUUCUGCCGCUGCUUCAAUAUGUUCAUCGAUAAGAGGGGAUGUAGAUGAGAUGACGGCGCGAAAAUGGCACGACUUGAAGGUCGGGAUGCUACAUGUGCGAUUCUUGCUUGCAGUAAUGGGUGCAUACCGCCAGAUGGACCUCGAGCAGCAGAACUUCGAUUACGCAUCAGAGUUGCUUUGCCAAGGAAAAGAAUAUUUCAACCAUGCCUUCAUCGGUUUCCGCGAACCGAUACAAGAGUUGAGGACAAGCGGGGACAAGACUGAAGAGUGGACGGUAGAAGAUGUCAAUAACCUCAUGGAGGGUUUCGGCCAUUUCUUCGACUCAUCGGUAGAUGAACCGGACGUUGCAGAGGUCAUGAAGGUGCACGGCAUGCAGUCCAUAUCCAUCAUGGCCCCAGUCCUUGGAAACAAGAAGAUUGAGGUAAUGGCAGAAGAUGAGAUGACCCGAAACGUGUUGAAGAAGUUCGACGCGAGGAAACUAUUUGGUCCAGAGGUCGAGGUGAACUCUCUGAAACGACAGGCUCUGUUCGGAUACAUCGUCAAUCUCGAAAGAGGACAGCUUGGCUUGGUGAAGCCGAGCGAAAAAGACAUGGUCGUGGAGCUUAAAUCUGCCCCUUGUGAACAUUGUGGAUCGGAUAUUUGCCACUGUGGACAUUGA